CGAGCCCAACGUGUCUGCUCUGGAUAUCUGAACAAUCCCAUGUUUUGCCUCCGGGCAGGCGUUGCUUGUAAUCAAGGCUCUCAAUACUUUUCGUACAAACCAUCCGUUUCCACGUUUAUGUCGAUUAAGUAGGUACUGUUAUGUUGAACAUGAUUUGAACAUUUCGUGCAGCGUUCGGGAUUUUUUUCGUCAACUAACAAUCGCGUCCGGUUUGGGGAGGACAGUCAUCACGUAUCCGCCGCACAAGAGAGUACACAGUUAUAGACCCCAGCUGGGUUCGCCGCUACAUCAACAUGCACGCCAUCACAGUCGCUCUCGUCAUCCUAAAUGCUGGUUACCUGGCAACUGCUGUGGACGUUCGUGCCCGUUUCUGUGUAACCUCCGACCCAGCCCUGACUAAAUGUAAUGCCAUGAAGACAGCCUUUGAUGGAGUUGGCCUGCGCCAGAUCGGCUGUGUAAAGGCAGAAGACCGGUACCAGUGUAUGAAGAAGGUCAAGGCCGAGGAGGCGGAGGUCAUGCGGGUCGACGACACAGACAUAUACGCAGCAGGGAAAUAUUUUGGUCUGGUCCCAAUCCUCAAGGAAUCCAGCAGUUUGAAUGCAAAUGACGGCCUGUUUCUGUACAAGGCUGUCAUCGUCAUCAGGAAGGACAGCAGUAUCACAUCACUGGAGGCGCUUCGACAGAAGAAGUCGUGUCACACUGGGGUGGGGCGGACGGUGGGGUGGACGGUGCCGGUAUCCAACAUGCAGGCAAAGGGGAUCAUUUCAAUCAGCAAUUGCGACAACACCGUGGACAAUGUGGCCAACUUCUUCAGCCAAAGCUGCGCCCCUGGCGCGUUUGAAGAGAAAAAUAAUCUUGAGGGAGACAACCCAGAGAAAGUGUGUGCUAUAUGUGCCAACCCUAAGUGCCCGUCUAACGACACCUACAGUGGCUACGGAGGAGCCGUGCAGUGUCUCCUUGAGAACAAAGGUGAAGUAGCUUUCGCCAAACAUUCCACCAUAGACGAACUUGCUCGCGGAAACUCCGCCAUCCGUAAGGAUGACUUCCGACUUCUUUGUCCCGAUGGUCGAAUAGUACUUGUGGACGAGUGGGACACCUGUUCCUGGGCAACCAGACCUACUGACGCCAUUGUGACGUCACCAACGUUACCCCAGGCAACAAUAGACCAACUGCGUGAUAUCUUUGAAAAUGGCGCCAGGCAGUUUAACGGAUCUGGAACCUUCAGCAUGUUUAGUUCGUCUGGAGGAACUGACUUGUUGUUUACAGACGGAACAAAACGGCUGCGAGUCAGCGAAACCAACUACACAAGUUAUUUAGGUGAGGGCUACCUGAACACGCUGGAGAACUACGUAAAGUGCGACUACACAAACAGGUGGUGCGUGGUCUCGGACGCGGAAGCUCACAAAUGUUUACAAAUGAGUGCAGCGUUCGCCGCUGGCCGGAUCACAAGCCAGUUGACCUGUGUACGUGCGGGGUCACACAGAGAAUGUAUGGAGAAGAUAGAAGCCGGACAUGCGGACCUGGUCACGUUGGAUGGAGGGGAUGUAUACACUGCCGGCAAGUAUCACAAGCUUGUUCCCGUGAUGGCGGAGAACUUCCCUGACACCAGCGACGCCAGCUACUGGGCCGUAGCUGUCGCCAAGAAGUCCAACACCGGCGUCAGCUUCACCAACCUGAAAGGGAAGACCUCCUGUCAUACUGGCAUCAUGAAGACUUCAGGCUGGAACAUUCCAGUUGGAACCUUGAUUGAGGAGGGGUCAAUAACGUCAUCGUCCACACAGUGUGGCAUCAUUAACGCCGUGGGGACGUUCUUCUCCAAGAGCUGUGUCCCCGGUGCCUUGGAUUCCAAGUACAACCCAUCCGGAAAGAACCCCAGUAGUCUCUGUGAACUGUGCGGGGGAAAACAGUUCUGUCAGAGAGACAGUUCCAACAAAUAUUACAGCUACAAGGGAGCCUUCCGAUGCUUGGUUGAGAAAAACGCUGACGUUGCUUUUGUUAAACAUUCCACGGUUCAAAGCUACACCGAUGGGAAGCUGAACGAGGACUGGGCGCGAACUCUGAACUCCGCGGAUUUUGAACUGCUUUGCCCUGACGGGUCUCGGAAGUCAGUAGAUAGAUGGCGAGAGUGCAACCUGGCUAAAGUCCCCUCCCACACCGUCGUCACAAGCGUCAAGAAGACAACGACGGAACGACGUCACUACACCACCAUCUUAAGAAAGGCUCAGCUCAAGUUUGGGAAGGACAGUGACGUGUUUAAAAUGUUCGCGACAUACGAAGGCAAGGACGCCAUCUUUGAUGACGCAACCUCGAAACUGUCUUCCGUACCGGAAGCCAAACAAGACUACACCCAGUGGCUGGGUCAAGAGUACCUUGGGGCUCUGAAAGCGCUGGACAAGAAGCCGUGCACCAGUGGCGGAGAAGGAGUUAUCGCAUCUGCCCAUAUCAUCAUGUUUCUGUUUGUGUUGUUUAAUCUCAUAUAGUCACAUACAUACAAUGUUACCGUUAUCUGUAUAUAGUCGACAACAUGGUCCAAAUGAAGUCCCCUUCCAGAAUUUGUUUUAUUAAAGUUAGUUAUUUGAUAAAUAUUACAAAUACAAUAUUACAACCUUUGG